AUGCAUUUCUAGACUAUCAUGGAAGAAGGUAUAUAAGAAUCUUCAUAUCAAUAACUCUAAUAAUAAGGUAUUAAUUGAAAUCUUAACCUGAUAGUUAAUGAAACAAAGGCGCAAAAAGCUUUAUCUGAGAUAAAAAGUUUAGAACGUAUAUGGCUUAGUUGGAUGACUCAACAAUAGACAGGAUAAAGUUAAACAGAAGAAAUGAUAAGGAAAAACGAUUCUAUUGAUGUGGAAUGUACUUAGGAAACUAAUGUAUCGAUUGUUAAACAAUAUCAUAGUCUGUUGACAAGAAUACUUUACUUAAAAAGUUUUUUGAAACAUUAAAAUAGAGAAUGAUUGAUGAGAAGAUAUAUAGUACAUUCACUCAAAUUCAAACAACUCAAUUUUUUGAGGAAGUCACAACCUAAAUUUAAAACAAAAUAAAACUCUAUGAAGACAUAUAGAAACUUAAAUUGUUAUCCAACUACCCAAGUAUAACCUAUUAAUAUUCAUUUUUUAGCUAAUACAAAAAGGACUUAUUCUAAAUCAGCAAAUAUGAUACUUAAGAAAUGGUUAAUUGAAAACUACAACAAUCCGUAUCCAAAGCAAUAAUAGGUGGAUUUAUUAGUUAAAUAAACAAAUCUCACCAACAAAUAAGUAAAUAUGAAUCCUCUAUUUUAUAUAGGUUUUAAAUUGGUUUAUAAAUGCCAGAAACAGCUUAAAAAAUAAAUCUUCUUAGGAAAAGAAGUUUAAACAUGUUGUUGAAACUAAAUUUAAAGAGCUUGCUCUCUAAAAAAAAAGGAAAUAAGAAUAAAGUAUUUGA